AUGGGUGAUAAACCAAUAUGGGAGCAAAUUGGAUCAAGCUUUGUUCAGCAUUACUAUCAAACCUUUGACAAUAACAGGGUCCAUUUAGGAGCGAUAUAUGUGGGUAUUUUAACUCUUAAUUAUUAUUUUUUUGAUGUUUUAUAUUUACUUGAUGCAGUUUGUAACAGUUUAUAUUUUUUAUGAUUAAACAUUGACAUUUAAAAUUACAUUUGAGAACUGUGUACCAUAUGGAGUCACAUCCAUAGAAAUGUUUAAAUGAAGUAAAGAAUUUACUUGCUCCUUCUAAUUCUUUCUUCACUUAUUAAUUUUGUAUUGCUGUUAUGUACUGUUUACUUUAUUAAGCAAAUGUAGGAUCCAACAAAGCAGUGAAUUCAAACAAUACUGCUUUCAUUUUGAUGAAUCAAGACUUUCUGAUUUUGUAAAGCGUUCUUGAUGUAGAUUGUAUCAAGGCAGGGUUUUCAUUCUAGAAAUCCUAUGGGUUCCAACAAAGCUGUUUUGUGCAUUAGAUGUAUAUUUGAAAUUAUUUGGCUGUAUUCGCAUAAUUGGCAGUGAAUUCUAUUCCAGUUUAAUGUCUACUUUGCCAAUGGUGUCCUGCCUAGAUACUGUGCUAGCUAGAAUUAAUUUUCAGAAAUGGAUAGUACUUGCACUACUCAGUUAUCUCUGUCCAGUGCCAAAGAGUUUUAACAUUAUAAAUAAUAUUGUAAAAAAAAUACUAAUUUAAAGGCAAUGCAAAUUCAUUAUAUAAUGUACUAAAAAUUUGGGGUGGGGGGAAAGAUACAUGGAAUGGACAAAAGUAUGUGAUCAUGCCCAUUAAUUGUUUUCAGCCUUUGCUAAAAAGUGUUUAAAGGGAUACUUUGGACACCAUAACUUCAUCGCAAUAAGAGAUGACACUCCCAGCUUAUCAGUAGCUCCUCAUUUAGAAAAGUGAAUGAAAGAUCAAAUCUCAUGCAUGACGUACUCUACGAUCCGUAGCGUCAGGUCAGAGGCUUCAUAAUUGAAGCCUCUGACCAUCGGUGAAAGUGGAGGGCAGAGUGAUAUGGCCUCAUCUUCCAGACUUAGUAGUUAACUCCUUGAGGUAAAAUUGCGCUUGGGACCUCCCUUGCAUCAUAACUUAAUUGCCUCAUAAAAUUCAGAACUUAGCUAUGAAAUCUCAGACUAAUUUUUGCAGUCUUGCUGAAGAGCUCAAUGACUUUUAGCAUCCUACGACAGCACCAUGUUUAAACGUUUGUAUAAAUCCCACCCUACAAGAAUUGCUCUAAACAACUCUAAGUGCUCCCUGAAGCCUGCAUUUCAGAAUAAGAGCAACAGGCUACACAUGAAGUGGUAGAUCAUACUCAGAGCUGGAAUAGAGUACUGCGCUGCUUGGGUAAGCAGUCUGUGUGAUCCAACAAAAGUUCUGACCUCUGCAUUCCAGCUGGAUGAAUUUUACAUAAACAUAAUACAGGCAUUUUAUAAUGAAGCAUAAGAAAUCAGGGGAUAACUUAAGUCUGAAACAAUCAUUUUGGUAGAAGACAACUUUAUGGCAUUUGACAGUUUGAAAGAUGCUGACCCCUCCUUAUACCUGAUUGUCUGAGCACCUCUUUCCAUUCAGGACCUACAUUUUUUGACUUACAGCAGUCUCUUAAGUAUUAUUUUUUUAUUUUUUUUAUUUUUAUUUUUUAUUUUUAUUUUAAUAGUGGCAGUACACACGGGUUUGCCCUUCCUUAUUUGGACAAGUAUCUGAAAUUUAGGUUAAACAAAUCCCUUACCCUAUCAAGGGCAUUUCCUGCAAACCCACCACAGUAAUUAUCAAGAAAAAUGCAACUUAUUUACUGUAAAUCAUUUAUUUCUGCGGGAGGGAAAAUUGUACUGCCACCAUACGAAGAAAAAAAAUAUACGCUAAGUAAAAAAAUUUUAAUUUUUUUUUUCUGAUAUAUGGUGGCAGUACAUACGGGAUAUAGCAAGAUCCCAAAUCCGGGUGGCCAUUAUGCCCAAAUGUUGCUUCAGAGGACGAGAAUAUAUCUAGCUUUUAAUGCCUGAUGGUAAGUGUUGAAUGAUGACCAGGAGGCCACUUUACAGGUUUCGCCAGGACACGCAAGGGCCUUCUCUGCCAAUAAUGUAGCCAUAGCCCCCGUGUAAUGAGCUUUAAGAGACACUGGCACAGAAGGCAUACAAGAAGAAUACGCCAGUCUGAUUGCUUCAAUGCGCAAAGCUUCUUUCCCUUUAAACCUUCCUUGGAAGUUAACAAAAAGAUUAUUGGAAUUUAUGUAUUCUGACAACUUUGAGAUGUAUAUCUGCAAUGCUUUUCUUACGUCCAGUUUAUGCCAUCUUUGUUCCUGUGGUGAGGAGGUGUUGUUGCAAAAGUUAGUUGAUUCACCACUUUAGAUGCUAUAAUCUUGGGUAAGAAAAGAAGGCUUAGGAUGAAAAACAACCUUGUCAUUGUGAAACACAGUAAAUUCAUCUGAAGGUGAAAGCGCUUGAAACUCGCUGACCCUUUUGGCCACGGUGAUGGCGACCAAAAACGAUGUCUUGAGAGCUGUCUUCAAAGGGACAUAUUCCAAAGGCUCAAAAGGUGGUCACAGAGAGCCUGUAGAACUAUAGAAAUUACUAUUUUCUAGGAGGUCGAAUGAGCCUGAUGGCCCUAAAGAGUCCAAUUAGAAUGAGAUGCCAAAUACUUGAUCAUAAAAAAAUGUAAGGCUGUGAAGAGUGGUUUCAAAUGACUGAUGAACCUGAAGGCAAUGGUGUUCCUUACACCAAUGUAAAAACUUUUCCAAGACUUGCAGGUAAAGUUUUUUUUUUAAAGUAGAAUGUCUAGUAGAAUGAAGCAGCAGUUGCGCCCUGUCUUCAUGAAAACCCUGAUGAAGGAUCAACCUCGCAGCAGCCACGUCGUCAAUUUGAACAUCCUUUGAACCUCCAGUAGAUCCCCUUUUUUUUUUUUUUUUCUAUAAGAUUGACAUUGGGAGUUCCCAAUAUGUGGAAGCCAUCUCCUUUAAGGCUGAAAACAAACUCCUGUUUGGCCAGUAUGGAGUUAUCACUAGAACCACUGCUUUGUCUCUAUUUUUCAAAAUUCUUGGAAUCCGCUUCAGCGGAGGAAAGAUGUAAGCUCGCUUGAACUCUCAUUUCAUAAACAGUCUAUCCAUUGGGGUUGAUCUGCUCUGAACCGAGAGGCAAAUCUGUGAAGAUUUUUCUUGCCAUAAGGUCUACUACAGGAACUCCAAACUUUCUUUUGAGAAUCACAAAAAUCUUUGGAUACAGUGACCAUUCCUUCUUGUCCCACUUCCACCUGCUGAGAUUGUUUGCUCUGACAGUCAAUUCCUCUUAAGUGAACAGCGGAGAUAUCCUACGUUUGAUGUAUUUGUUGUAAUUACCAACCAAUAUUUUGGAUGAAAGGUCAGACCUCUCGAAAUGAGCUUUGAAGUUCUCCACCAAUCUGUUGAUGGAAUCUCUCAUUGCAGAGGCGCUAUUUUUGGUUUUGCCCACGGGAAUAGAUGUCAGGUAUUCAAGCAUGCUCAUUGCACUCCUGAUGGAACUUCUGUUUGUUUGUAAACUGGAUACUUCUCUCCAAAUUUUCUUUCUUUUUUUCUGGCGUCAGAUGUAGAGAGAACGUGUUUGAAUUUACCUCAAAUCCAAGAAAUUCUAUCACUCUUGAAGGAAGCAGGGUUGACUUCUCUAAGUUUAGCAUCCAACCGUGUUCUUAGAGUACUUUGGUGAUCUGAACAUUUUUAUUUUUUUUUAUUUUUUUUUUAUUUAAAGCAGCUGUCUUGAUCUUGCUAUUAGCAGCCAAUCGUCCAAGUAGGGGUUUGAUUGUGAUCAAUUCUCUUAGGUCUCGCUGUUAUGAGAGUCAGCACUUUCGUAAAUAUUCUUGGAACAGAUGACAGGCCAAAGGGGAGUGCCUUGAAUUGAAAAUGGUAAGUUCUUAUACUUCUUCUUUUUACAUCGAAUCUUAGGAAUUUUCUUAGUCUGCAAUAGGGAUAUGCAUCCUCGAGAUCCAGUUUUACCAUAAAAUCUCCCUUCUGAAGGACCUGAGUUAGAGGAACUCGUCUCCAUUUGGAACCUUUUGGUAUGGAAUAUAACUAUUAAAUCUAGAUUUAAAGGAAAUAAAUAAUCGGCCGAAUGGAAUGAUCCGGCUUUGGCACCAGGAAGAUCCUUGAGUACACCCCUUGGAACGUCUGGCGAUUUGGUACCUUCUCUAUAACUCCUUUUCUUAACCGUAAUAUUGUUUCCUGCUUCUGAAAAAGGAGCCUCUGACUUUUGGGAAGACUGUUAAAAGGGCACGAGGAACUUCCACUUUGGCAUACUUGUGAAUUGUAACGUGUAGCCUUUUUUCACUAGAUUCAGAAUCCAACGGUUGUACUUUUUUCCCAUCUUGUGUAGAAAUGUUGAAUUUCUUCCUCCUACCUUCUUCGCGUCAGAAACGUCUACUUUUGUUUUAAUUUUUUUUUUUUGUUUUUUUUGUUUUUUUUCAUGACCUAUCUUGCUAGGCCCUUCUACUGCUGUCCUGGAAAUUCCUGUAACCAGGUUUCCAUGCAUUUUUUUUAUUUUAUUUUUUUGUCUUGGGCUUUUUGUUUCUAACAUCUGUUUAAUUAUCUCCUCCAAGGGAGAUCCAAGCUGCUUGUUUGUCUAAAGGAAGUUCACAAAGGACUGACUUAGACAGUGUCCACCGUCCAGGCCCUAAGCCAUAAAGCUCUAUGUGCAACAGCGGAUAAAGCCAUAAUCCUGGCGGGCAGUAUUAAUACUUCCACUGUCAUGUCUACCAUAUAUACAUCAGUCUCAAACUUUGAACCAAACACACAAGUUGCUUAUCUUAAGUUUCCGCCAGUAUCUCCUUUAAACACCCAGGAACAAACUGCUGGAGAGCACGGAUCGUGUACACAGAUAUUUUAAAGCUCAAGAUUACGAACGGACCUGCAUCCGCACGUUGCAAACUGAAGACCUUUUUUAUCUAUUACAAAUUAUGAGUGGCCAUUUGACACAAAUUCCAAAUUAUUUAAACCUACAGUUUUGCACUAUAUUGUGCCAUUUCUUCCUUGACAGGAUAUUCCCUAUUUGUAUACAUCGCCAACAAAGUUUUACACUGGAAGCCUGCUGUUUUAAAGGUUUGCCUACAUGAUGUCUCUGCUCGUUUGUCUAUAGGAUUUUUCAGUGCAGCCACAUCACCUAUAGGAAUUGUAGUUUGUGGGGGGAGGGUUAUAUUUUUUAUUUAAUUUUUUUUUUUUAAGAAUUUUUUAGAAAGCUGGGUCACCUUAAUGUCUACCUUUGGUAGAUCUUCUCACUUUUCAUCUUCUGUGAUUUUUACAUUUCUUAAUGUCAAAAAUUGAUUAGAUCAUUCAGAGGUUGUUGCUUUGGAAACUUUUUUUUUUUUUUUUUUAAAACCUUUUUAGAAAGCUCCACAUGAACUUGAGAUGUCUGAAUCGGAAGUGGCCAAGCAUUCGCCAUAUGAAAUCUCACAUCUAAAUGAAGAUCUUUAUCUUUUUCUGCGACUGUGACCAGUCUCUGGAACAGAUGCAGACACUGUUAGAUUCUUUAAUUGUAUCCAUAGUCUGAGUAAAGGUAUACUGGAACCAAGCCAGGAAUGAUUGCAUAUCUUUUUCCAGAUAAAUCGCCGCACACUGACUUCCAAUUUUUUUUUUUACUUGUUCCAUCUGGAAGGGUUGUUGCACAUUCACUGCAAACUAUGUUUUUUGUUUUAGAUGUAGCCUUUCUAGGUGUAGAUUAGGAAUUUUCUCCUUUUUCCAUUUCUGGAUACUCCUGGCUAGACAUAUCUGCAAAUAUAAACAAUCUCUACUUUACUUUAAAAUGUUUUUAUUGGAGCAAUUUCUUAAGAAAAUGUAUUUAAUCUCCCUUUAAAAGUCCUGUGAGCCGUAGAGGGGAGGGAAGGGGGGCUGGUGACACAGAGUAACACUUUUGACAAGCUGUUAGAGGGAACUGCACAGCAGGAUUUUUUUUGGACGUUCUGAUUCGUGCAUGUGUGGUAGCAACACAGAGUAAUAACGUUGUAAUUCGUGCAACCUUUGGACCGCCUCAUUCAGCCAGCCAGGAACUCACUUUGCAUAAGAACAAUCAAAAUCUUUGCUCCGUAACCUCCAUGGUAGGAGCAUAGCCACCGAGCAUACCACCCAGGCAGCUAUCUGACCAUAUCCCCCAGACAUCAAUCCGUGUGUCUCGCCAAACGACCAGACGCUUGAUCCGUCCCAAGCUGGGACAAGAAAGAACUGAGGUGAGUUUGCAGGAGCAGCUCUUUUAUAGGGUAAGGGGGAGGGAUUUGUUUAAUCUCUUAGAUGCUUGUCCUAAUUAGGAAGUGCAAAUUUGUAUGUACUGCCACCAUACGUCAAAUGUUUUUACAUUUUAAGUAAUCUUCUCUAGAAAGUCAAGGUAUUGCAUGCAUUCAAUUAAUAACUGGUUGGCAAAGGUAUAUUUGCCAAACAUUUGACAUCCCCCUUUAGAUCAUGAUAACCCUUCUAGAAGAACACUGGUAAGUUUGUGUAUUUAAAGAAGUCUGCUGCAGAGCUGCCCAGGUAUACUAAAUUUCUCGUAAACGCUGUUUCUGUUCUACCAUAAAACCGAAUAAUUAAUUGUUGAAGGACUCUGUUAAAGAGAACGCAUCCUUUCUAUAAGAACUGAUAGAGAUGAAGGUUCUGACUUAUGACGGCAAGAGCUUCAGCUCCCUAGGUAGAAAUCCUGUGUGAAUUCUUAAAUGUUCCUUCCAACUCUAAAGAAGAUUCUAUUGGUAGGUUUCCAUAACCUGAUAAAUUAAUUCAGAGUUCUGGUGUACAGUGUCCACAAAUGUGUCCGCUUCCAGUUGGGGUACUGUGUGUAAACCAUCUAAGUGUACCAGUGGUUCCCAAACUUUCUAGGUUCAAGGCACCCUUAAUAUUUCAGUAUUUUUCUAGGACACACGGAGUUAAAACUUCUAGGUUGUAUAUCUGUACAGCGCUGCUGCAUUUACUGGCGCUAUAGUGUAAUGUACUGUGUUGGUGCUUGUAUACACUUUUAAUGCAGGUUUUUUUGUAUGUGGUGUUCGAUUGCAGGGGUGUGUCUGAAUAGAAUGUUCACUUUUAAAUGUAGAUGUACAUUUGUGUGACGUAUUUGAGUGAAGGGGUGUGUUAUGUAAUUGUUAGAUUGCAGGAUUGUGCUUGUAUGUUGUGCUGGUGUUUGGCUGUAUGCACAUACAUAUAUUCAUGCAUAUUAACACAGAUGCAUAUAAAUACACUGACACAUACAUACAGAUGCAUAUAAACAUACACAAACAUUGAUACAUGCACAACCUAUGACACAGAUACUCUCAUAAAAGCAUACCCCCUGACACACAGAUGCACACUGAGAUAGAUAUGUAUGUAUGUAUGUAUGUAUGUAUGUAUGUAUGUGUAUAUGUAUGUGUAUGUAUUCUCCAGCCACCAUCCUGUUGGCUUACCAUAUGUGCCAGGAGCGUGGCUUGGAGUACUGCUGCUGCUGUGGGAGUGAGGGAUCUGGAGCUCUUCAUGCUUUUCUCCCCUUCCGCGCUGUCUCCUUGCAGGGUGCCGGGAGGAAGUGAUAGGCUGUUACUUCCUCCCAGCCGGCCGACAGAGUCACGGUCUUGAAGGACCGCGGCCCUCAACCUGGUCCCCGUUGAACAGUAAUGUUUCCCUGGUGCUAUAAUCAUAGCACUGGGGAAAUAUUUUGCGGCACCCCUGUGUUUGGGAACUGCUGAACUAUAAUAUGUAGAAUUACAUCACUGAAUUUUGAGAUCCAAGAUAUCUACUAGGUGGCAUGUAAGGGAAAAAGUCAGCUGUCUAGACCAACUGGUGGAGCUGGAUUCCUUGACCACCUUAUCCAAUUCAUCUGUCCUACAUCCUCCCUUUUGUAGCAAUGCUCGCCUAUUGUGGUGUUUUUUUUUUUUUAAUUUAAAAAAAAAAAAAUUCCAUGUUUUAAGGCUCAAAACUGGAAAUUUAUUUAAUCUGGUUAUCACACGGAAAUGUAUCUACUGUUGCUCCGCAAUUUAAAAUGUGUCAAACUUUAAUACCACUGUUACUGAGAUCAAUGUGAGAUGUACAGUUUGACAUACAUGACAUGUAUACCAGUCAUACACUGAUAAAAUUAAUUAACUAUAUUAAUGGCGCUCUAAAUAGUCUGAAAACGGGUGUUUCAGAUGCGAAUCUCGUCCAGCUUUUGACCACACACUUGGUCAGUAAUGCUUUACCAUAUUCUUACUAACAAGGCAGAUUAACUCCUACAUUGCACCAUACAUAUAUGCCAUAGAGCUUAAUGCCUGGGACCCCUUUUCCUAAAGUUGGACUUAUUUACCUAUUUUUAGUGUCCAAGAGUGUUCUCCGCCAAUUCAUUGUUUCCUAUAGGGAGGUUUGUGCACAUGCUCUGCAGAUCUCAAAGCAGCAUUUGAUUCAAGUCUGUUUUUUUUUUUUUUUCUUUUUUCUUCUUCUUCUUCUCGCAGGGGUAGCGCCUGUAGUGUUUUUUCAAUAUAUACAAAAAUCAAAGGUCUUUCAUACGAUUAACACUAAAGGACCAAUGCACCUGGAAUAUAAUAUUUAUAUAUUAUAUAAAAAAAAAUUCUCACUUUUUAGGGGUGUAUGUAUAUUGUAUGUGUAUAGAGCAUUUAUUCAGAGAGUUUCCUGUGGUGACUUCUAAUCUAACAUUACCGAGGUUAUAGAUUUGUAGAUCAAAGAGCAAAUUAUGGUCAGUCUGUGUAGAAGCAGUGUUGGAACAGACAGUGUUGAUAUUUAUGAUUUGGGUAGUAUUACAUAAAGUAGUCUGCUGUCAUAAUGGAGAGAGAGGCUACUAGCAGACCAUUAUAAUCUUUAAACAUGUAGGCCUUUCCUAUAGAGAAAUUAAAAAGCAUGUUAAGGGGUCAGUACAGUUUUCUACACCAUCAAAUGCUCUUGGAAAGUGGUGUAAACUGACCACAGGUCUGGCAAGCCCAAAUCAACAACAGAAUAAAGUUUGAGAGUUAACAGGUUGCAUGACAGCUCACAGGAGAACAAACUAACACUUGCCAAAGUAAGAAAGUCUCUCUUUUAUCUGUAUGGAGAAGACUUCAAGAUGUUGGUUUACCUGGUCAAGUUGCAGUAAGAAAGACAUUGCUAUGAUGGCUUCGAAAGACUUGACUGGGCUAUGAAGCAUUUCCAGUGGAAUCCUGAAGACUAGGAGGUCUUGCAGACCCGAUUAAAUUUUUUUUUUUUUUUUUUUAAAUGUGAAGACUAAAUCUUGCUGGUUAUUUUUAAUAUUUGCAGCCGGAGGAGAGAGAAAAAAAAUAAAUUUUUAUAUAUAAAUAUAAUUUUUAAAAAAAAAUUAUUAUUUUUUUGUGAAAAAGUGCAUGUUGUUAUUUAAAGUUCAAUUAACUUGGAUUAAUGGAAAUAAUUUAGAGAAAAUAUGCAGGCUCAUGCUACAUAAGCAAUCCCUAUUUCGUGUUCAUUGUAUCUUAAAAAGAAAUCCAUCUUAAGCAUUCUAUUAAAAGAAAUUUAGAUUUAAAUAAAAUAUACCCCACCUCUCCCAAGUGGACUUUUAUCCAUCCGGUUUAUAGUUAAUCACACAGAAUUUUUGCACGGUCAGUUAGAAUAGUUCAUUAUGUGACGCCAAUUGUCAAACUUGUAUAAGUGGUGUGGGCCUCUGCUAGAUCCAAAAUCCAUGACUGGCACCCAUAAACAAACAUGACUACCACAGCAUUUUCAGCACCAGGUAGCACUCUGGUUAGUACAAUAAUGACCCACGGUAUUGCCCUCAGGCUAGGUCUGAACUACCUUCGAAAAGAAUAAGAAUAUGUGCUUUUGAUCAUGAAGUGGCUAGCAUAUCCUCCGUUGUGGAGGCUUUUGAUGGACUGGACAGAAGGUUGAAAGUAAAACAGCCUCUUGUGGGAACUUCUGUAACAAUGUUGGCCAUAACCAUCCAUUGUAAAAACAUUCCAUGAGUAUUAUGAAAUUAUAUCUGCAAAAGGUAGCAACUGUGGGCCAAGACACUUGUUUGUUUGUUUUUGUUUUUGUUUUUUUAUUUUAUUUAUCCCCAAUUCUUUCUUGCUUUUAAUACCAUGGUACACUGAGACAAUAAACUGUAUAAAUUGAAAUGUUUUGACCAGUAGUGCAUCUUUGUAAGUUGAUAUUAGGGAUAUGAACUCUUUGAUUUCACUUUAAUACUGUUUUACAUCAAUAAUUUUCACUUCCCCUCAGCAGAGGUUUGAGGAAAAAGUGAUGUUAAUUUAAAUGUUGCUCUCUAAUUUGCAGAUUGACGCUUCAUGCCUUACAUGGGAAGGACAACAAUUUCAUGGCAAAGAUGCAAUUGUUGAGAAAAUCACAGUACGUAUUGGUUAAAAACUGUAAUUGGGUUUGAUCGUUAAAGGACCACUAUAGUGCCCUGAGGGUUCCCCCACCCUCAGGGUCCCACUCCUGUGGCGCUGAGGGGGGAGGAAGUGGUUACACUUACCUCUUUCACCAGCGCCGGGCGGGGAGCUCGCCUCCUCUUCGGCUAAAUGCGCAUGCGCGGCAGGCGCUGCGCGCGCAUUAAGCCAGUCUCAUAGGAAAGCAUUUACAAUGCCUUCCUAUGAACGCUGGCGUCUUCUCACUGUGAUUUUCACAGUGAGACGCACGCAAGCCCCUCUAGCGGCUGUCAAGAGACAGCCACUAGAGGCUGGAUUAACCCGAACAUAAACAUAGCAGUUUCUCUGAAACUAUAUUUAAAAAAAAAAAAAAAAAAAAAGUUAAUCCUAGCUGGACCUGUCACCCAGAACACUUCAUUAAGCUGAAGUGGUCUGGGUGCCUAUAGUGGUCCUUUAAGAGGUCAAAAUCUAUAAAUGUUUGUGUGCAAUUUGUACAAUGUGGUUUUUGUAAAACUAUGGCAGCAGGCAAUUUAGGUUGAGCAGCAAGUGGUCACAUAAAAGUAAAAUCUGACCUAACAAAUAGCCAGCACUUCCUCACCCAAUUUUAUACAGACUAAAAAGGAAUAAGCUAUUAUUUUUUGUACACACUUCUUGUACAUGUCUAGGAAUCUGUUUUGGGUGUGCCAGAUUUUACUCUCUAUUACUUCUUACUACUACUAUAUAUUGGCACAGAUAGUUGCUUGACAUUCACUAGUGGCUUGUUAUUAAAUCCAGCCUUAUGUCUUCUGUCCCCUUGCAUUUUGGAAUUGGAUUGAUAAUUGCAGGACACAGACUGGAGAGUAUGUCAUUCAAUUUAUUCUAUUUGAUUUAAUUAUUGUUUUACAUCUAGUCCAUCUCUAAUAUUUCAGAUGUUCCUUAAUAAAGCUGCCUAUAUAAACACGCUAAACUCUUCCCUAGACUAGAAGAGACAGGAUUCAAAAACCUUGUCAGUGGUGCCUUUUUGAAACUUGGACAUCUAGAAUCUGGUUAGUGUUUUUGCCGUUAAAGGGAUUCUAUAGUGUAAGGGAAUACAUUAUAUUCCUUACACUGUAGAACCCUCUGGUUGCCCCUCUCUGUUCCUAAAGGUGUUUUUUUGUUUUUUUUAAAGGGAAUCCUUUAGUGUACUCACCAGAUUCUGGCACUGAUCUCCCUCUUCAGAUGUCAUCCAAUGGGGUGGGGGAGUAAUGAGCAUGCACGGUGAGCGCAUCUCUUCAGUGCUUUUCUAUGGGGAUUUUACUCACUUGAUGUCCUCAUGCAGAGUCUGAGGGCGUCCAGUGUCAGGUGACCAAAAGUAGGUAAGUCACUAGGAAGUGCUGUCUGAUCGCCACUAGAGGCCGUCUUAGUCCUGCAAUGUAAUUAUUGCAGUUUCUCAAAAACUGCAUUGAUUUACAUUGCAGGACUAAGUGGGACUGGGACAUUGCACCCAGACCAAUUAAAUGAGAUGAAGUGGUCUGGGUGACAAGUGUCCCUUUUAAGGACUAGAAGAAUUUGGGAUUUGUUGCUUUGUUAAUAUUAAUUUAGCUCUAGUAUCUGUAGAGGUUUACUGUUAAAACUAUUUCUGGUGGAUAUUUUCUUUUUGUUUCAGUUGCUUCCCUUUCAGAAAAUUCAACAUAGUAUCACUUCUCAAGACCAUCAGCCCACACCAGAUGGAUGCAUAAUAAGUAUGGUGGUGGGUCAACUUAAGGUAAAAGUCAUCAAUGAUAUCAUUUUUUUUAUGACUUAUGUGGCAAAUCCAUCACAUAAGUCAUAGCUCCUUCCAGUGAAAGUAGUGUUCUAGCUGGUAUAGCUUUCCCCCAAUACAUUAGCUAAGACUUAAUGUUGGGAGUAGAUCUGGUUUUAUUAGCACAAGCGUGGUCAUUUCUUCACUGACCUCCAGCAUGGGGUUCCUGUUCAAUAGCACGUUAUCCCGCCAUGAUGCCUCUUCAUUUGAGAGAUAAUUGAUUUGAUGCUCGCUAAACUAACCAUCUCCCAAAUACAUACAACACAGAAACACCCCAAAAAGAUAGUAAAAUUAACAUGAACCCAACACAUCCCCAGAUGGCUCUGAUCCGAGCGCCCAUGUUGGCAACAUAGUGCACGGAUCCAUGAUGUAUUGACAGAUUGCUAUGGCCAGUUAAAGUCCAUGCUCAAAAGAGUUCCAGGAUAAAUGGGGCAUUGGCCAGUCAAGUGUCGGAAACUCCAGAGGACGAAAUAGGGGGUGCUCCACCUGGCUUUCAGGAAGCGAUUGUUUCACAUAGUCUCGGGCGAUUUCCCUCCAAAAAGCGUUCUGAUAGCUGUUAGGGAAGUGAGUGGAAUAUAGAAAGGAAAGUUGACCGGGAGAUAGGGAUAACUGCGUCCGGACCGAAAUUUCUGAGGAGUUGUGGACAAGUCCCGCUGUAGUCCUGGGCUCUGGUUACGGCCAGAGGGGGCGCUCCCGGCUGGACUGGAGGGAAAAGGUGAUGGGAGCCCGGGGCAGUGAAAAGUCUUUUAUGGAAAUUAUAAAGGAAAACAGUGUGGAUGGUGACUAGGUGAUCUGUCACAACUUAUAUGUAAACUAACCUGUGUAUAGCCUGCUUUUAUGUGAUUCCCUAUGUACUUUUGCAUUUGUACAUUAGUACUUAAAUUGCAAAUUCCGUGUUUCUCAAAUGUAUUUUUCUUUAAAGCGGCACUGUCGUGCCGAACUUACCUUUCUUUAAUCGAUUCCUCUUCUCUCCCUCUGUAAGGAUCUGUUCAUUUAUUCCUGUCUGCUCUAGUUUUAAAGAAAACACAAGACACAGUAGGGACUACUUUGUCUUAUGGAGGUUUCCUACGCUUUACUACGGUGACCAAAGUAGUGGGUGGGGGCCGUAAAUUAUAACAGGUGGAGAGACCUCAAAUGGAAAGGUGUGUGUGUGUGUGUGUGUGGUUUUUUUUUUUUUUUUUUUUUUUUUUUUUUUUUUUUUUUUUUUUUUUUUUUUUUUUUUUUUUUUUUUUUUUUACAGGUAUUUAGUUCUCUUGUUUCCCCCACCACCACUAUUUUUAGGGUGAGGGGGUUAGACAGGGUUUACUAUUUUUUAAUUUUUUUUUUUUUUGUAGUGGGGGCCAGGGGGAGGACCAUUGGUGUGUCUCUCCCCACCAUUUUUAUUUAGGGCCCCCACCCGCCGCUCAAGCGUGGGGGCCCCCCACCCCACUUUCUUUUAGGGCCUCGACAGCUCGUGACGGGGGACACUAGGUUUUGUGCUUUUUUUGGGGGGGGGUUGUUUUUUUUUUUUACCUAGUUUACUAGACAUGCCCCUACUCGCAGUAUAGUGAGUAGGGGCAGAUUAUAUACUAAUACGAAGUAAUCUUUACUUGGUAUUAGUAAAUUUAGCUGAAAGAUCAAUUUAGGUUUUUCAUCCUUUUGGUAGAUAGCUCCCUAAUAACAUGGGAAUUAGCGCCUGCAAUAUGCAGCCACGGCACAAAUCGGAUCAGUUUCAUUCAUUCAAAUGACAUUCCGAUCCGAACAAAAUCCCGAAUUGCGUCCUAACAUGAAUGGAGAAACUGUUCUCAUUUUGUUAGUACGAAAUUUGGUAGUUUUGCCGUCGUUCUGUCUAAGUGACAGAACGCGAGAUCACAGGUGAGAAUUGUGGGGAAAUUACUUUGAUCACCCGAAACGAAGCACACUUUGCUUUUCUGCUGGUCAGGCGUAGGAAAUAUACAUAAGACAAAAUAGUCCCUACUUUGUCUUAUGUUGUGUUUUUUUUGUUUUGUUUUUUAUUCUUUAUUUUUCGUGCAUGAGGUAACAUAACAAGCUUUCAUGCCUCAAACUAUUUUUAGAUAUACUAAGGUUAAUAAAAUUCUUUCAAAAGCUACUAACUUGUUAUCCAACCUUGAUCAACAACCUUUAAAGAUACUUGAUAAAUGGAAAAAUACCUUAAAGAUUGACAUAACUGAGCAGGAAUGGUGUAUGUCUCUUAAAGAUACCCGUAAAUAUAUCCAUUGUCAGAAUUUACUUGAAUGUCAAUAUAAGGUUAUGUAUAAAUGGUAUCUGACUCCAUAUAAAUUAAAUAAGAUGUAUCCAGGUCAAAUUCCUCAUUGCUGGCGUUGUGGUUUUCCAGAGGGAACACUCGUCCAUAUAUGGUGGCAUUGUAAUUUGGUUAAAAAUCUAUGGGAGUGGUCCUUUGAAAUUCUUAAAUGAUUAUUUAAUAUUACAAUUAACCCCUUAAGGACCGAGGACGGUUCAGGACCGUCAUCGGCAUUUUUCCCUUGCCGACCGAUGACGGUCCUGAACCGUCCAAACGGUCUGGGGGUACUUACCUGAUCGCCAUCGUUCCCCCGGCGGCGAUCAGUGUUCCUCCGGUUGUGGGGAGACUGCCUGCAGCCCAGACAGUCUCCCCACGGCAGAUUAGGACCCCUGUGGCCAUGUGAUCGCUUAACACAGCGAUCACAUGGUCACAAUAGGUGUCCAUAGUGCUGCCUGCAGGGGGACUGCCUGUGCUGACAGGCAGUCUCCCUGCAACUGUAAAAUCAGAAAAAAAAUUAAAGUUAAUGGUAAUAAAAAAAAUAAUAAUAAUUAUAUAUGUAUAAAUAUGAUAUAUAGACAUAUAUUAUAUCUAUAUAAUAUAUGUCUAUAUAUCAUAUAUAUAAUGUCAUACUAAGUGUAUUUUUAUAUUAAUAUGUACUUAUAUUAAUAUAAAAAUACACUUAUAAUUAAAUUACACACGUAUAUAUAUAAUAUAUAUAAUAACUAUAUAUAUUGUAUAUAUUAUUAUAAAAUAUAAAUAAUAAGUAAUUUAAAUUAAAUAAAAAUUUUUUAAAAUAAUAAAAAAUUUAAAAAAAAUUAUAUAGCUAUAUGAAAUUUUAUUCUAACUGUAUUUUAAAAUUAAUAUAUAUAUAUUUAUAUCAAAAUACACUUAGAAUGAAUUUGUAUAUAUAUCUAUGUAUAUAAAAAUAAAUAAAAAUAAUAAGAAAUAUACAUACGUCCAUAUACAAAAUUACAUAAAUAAUUAUAUAAAUAUACACGUAGACUUCAAAUAUAUAAAUAUGCAUAUAUAUUUAAAUUCUACGUGCGUAUUUAUGUAAUAUUUUUACAUAAUUCAGUAAUUUUAUUGAUUGCAAUUUGAGGGACCUGCCUGCCAACCCAGGCCGAAAUUCCAGAGAAUUUAAUUUGCUAGCACUGUAUUUUACCCUGUAACGUUCUACGACACCCUAAAACCUGUACAUGGGGGGUACUGUUUUACUCGGGAGACUUCGCUGAACACAAAUAUUAGUGAUUCACAACAGUAAAACAUAUCACAGCGAUGAUAUUGUCAGUGAAAGUUACUUUUUUUGCAUUUUUCACACACAAACAGCACUUUUACUGAUGAUAUAAUUGUUGUGAUACGUUUUCCAGUUUUUAAACACUAAUAUUUGUGUUCAGCGAUGUCUCCCGAGUAAAACAGUACCCCCCAUGUACAGGUUUUAUAGCAUUUUUGAAAGUUACAAGGUCAAAUAUAUGGGUCAAAUAUUUUUACAUUGAAAAUGGCCAGGUUGGUUACGUUGCCUUUGAGAGCGUAUGGUAGCCCAGGAAUGAGAAUUACCCCCAUGAUGGCAUACCAUUUGCAAAAGAAGACAACCCAAGGUAUUGCAAAUGGGGUAUGUCCAGUCUUUUUUAGUAACCACUUGGUCACAAACACUGGCCAAAAUUAGCGUUCAAUUUAGUUUUUUUACUUUUUUCACACACAAACAAAUAUGAAUGCUUACUUUGGCCAGUGUUUUCGACUAAGUGGCUACUAAAAAAGACUGGACAUACCCCAUAUUGAAUACCCUGGGUUGUCUACUUUAAAAAAAAUAUGUACAUGUGGGGUGUUAUUCAGAGAUUUAUGACAGAUAAUAGUGUUACAAUGUCACUAUUGAUAAAUUUUAAAAAUGUAUGUUUUGAAACCGCAAUAUCCUACUUGUACCUAUAGCCCUAUAACAUGCAAAAAAAAGCAAAAAAGCACGUAAACACUAGGUAUUUUUAAACUCAGGACAAAAUUUUGAAUCUAUUUAGCAGUUUUUUUCAUUCGCUUUUGUAGAUGAGUAAAAGAUUUUUCAAGUAAAAGUCAAAAAACAUGUAUUUUUUUCAAUUUUUCAUCAGAUUUUUGUAUUUUUUUUAAAUUAAAAUACAUGAGAUUAUAUAAAUAAUGGUAUGUAAAGAAAGCCCAUUUUGUCCUGAAAAAAACAAUAUAUAAUUUGUAUGGGAACAGUAAAUGAGAAAGCGGAAAAUUACAGCCAAACACAAACACCAGAAAAGUGUAAAAAUAUUCCUGGUCGCAAAUGUACAACAUCGCAAAAACAGUCCAGUCCUUAAGGGGUUAAAAAAGGCCCAGAUACAGCAUUGCUACAUCUAAACUGGAAACUUCCUUCCACUUCUUCUAAAUGCCUUGCAAAUCACUGUUUCCUCGCAGUAAAAAUCAUAAUAGCUAGGCAAUGGAAGUCACAUCUUCCUUUCUUGAGGAGUCAGCUUGUUAACCAAAUUCUAUAUCAAUUUCAAAUGGAAAAAGAUUUACCAGCUUCCUCUAUACUUUCUCUAAAUAAACAAGACCAAUACACCAAUUGGAUACAAACUUUAGAAAAUAAAUGAAUUAUUUCCUUGUAUUUUUUUUUUUUUUUCCCUUAUUUGGAUUUCGAUAGACUUUGAUAAAAAAAAAAAACUCAUUCCAGGGAUAUUUUUUCUUAGUUGUUCAGACUGACCCUAGCCCAUAUUUAUAUUUAUAUAUUUAUAUCUACUUCUAGUCAGACAAUAGUUCCAUAAGAUAUAAAAUACAUUGGUAUUGUGAGAUCCUCAGCUGUUUAGCUUGGAUUUACCUAAUAUAUAGGACUAGAAUAGCUGUAACAAUGUAAAUUAUAUGUUUUUGUUAUGUCACACUUGUCUUUGUCUUGUAUGUAAUUUUCACUAUUUCUCAAUGUAUGAUAAAAUGAAAAAAAAAAAAAGGAAAUUAAAAAAACAAGCUUUCAUGCCAUGCCCCAACAGCAGUAGCGUGUUUUGACAUAGAUAAAGCAUAACAGUUGUGGCAUAGAAAAUAUGUGCAAAUUUUUUUUGUAUAUAAGUCAUCAGGAGAAAACAGGGUAAUAGUCAGUGGUGUGGAAACACGACAUAUGAUAACUCAGGUAGUACCGGCUGACUGUGUGAGUGAAGAUUACAGGAGUAACCCAGUGUUUUACAUGUGAGACAUAUUAGUAAAAAGAUGGCCUUAACAACUGACUGACCAAGCAUAGUGUGUCUUCGCUAAUAUAACAAAAGGUCAUAACAUCUUUGUUACCUUGUCAAGAGAGUCUGGAGUGUAAAAACGGGGAGAUUUCUAGGCAAUGCAAUAUUUAAUUACUAGUACAGCACGGGUGAGUAACUUGCGGCUGUGUGCUGAAAAAGUAUGGUAGCCACUGAAGCUUGGGCAGCCUUACAUUGCUGUAUGUCUCCGCCUAGACAGCAGGGUAAUAAACUAAAUAAAAGGGAUCUGUAUAGCAGCCAUUUACAAAAUAUACUAUAACAGAGAAACAUCGAUUUGCAUAUCAUCUGGGUAGUGCCAGAUGGAGUCUGCUAGCUAUACACUGGAGGACCGCAUAGGUGAUGCGAUUGGGGCUUAUCUUAGCCAAUCCCAGUGUCCAGUAGGGUUCAUCUGCCCCGUGGAAGAUGCCUGGAUGAGGGUCGGGCACUCACUCACUCACCCUCCGGAGCUCCCUAUGAGCCAACGAGGAGAGUGUGUGUAUAUAGGCAAACCAAACCGUUAACGCUAAAGGUAAGAAAUAAUACAAUAAUAAAAACCAGGCUUAUAGUGACGUGAUGAAUUAGUGGUCAGGUAGAGCUACUAGAAUCUCGUCUGCAUCCAGCUGCCAUCAGGUAUCUGGUCUAGUGUCCCCUCUAGUUCUUGGGACAAAGGGCGUGACUGUAGAGAGGCCCCAAACCGUGCCAUGUGCAGCGACCGCCGGGCCGGUCUGUGCUUCUGUCAGUCCCAGGGUGGAUAAAAAUUUAGGUGCUUCUGCAAGGGAGGUGAGUGAUUGGGUGGUCCCAUUGUGGGUCACUUGUAGGGUUCCAGGUGGUCCACAGCGAUAGGUGAUGCCUGCUCCCCGCAGUUGUUGUGUGAGCAUCUUGCAUCAUUGCAGGAUCAUUCUUAUAAAGGCCUGAUAAAAGGUGAGGUGGGCGUCCUCAAAUACCAGAGGUGUUUUGCCCCUCAGGGCCGCCAUAAUUUGUCCCUUAACGUGUAAUUUCAUGCAAUGGAGAAUAAUAUCUCUGGCAGGAGGUGGUGCUGGCCUGGUCGGUCCUGGGAGUCUGUACACCCCAUCAAUAGCAAUUUUUCGUACUGCUGUCUUGGGCAAGAUUGUGGCCAGCAUCAGUUGGAAAAAGUGUGGCAGUUCCUCCGUGGAAAUAGCGGCUGGUACCCUGCAGACUUUAAUGUUGUGCCGGUACUCCAUAGCUGUCGUUUGUAGAGACAGUGCUUAGUGCGAUUGUAUAAGUUCUUGUAUCAUUGCUUGCACGUUGGAUAGACCAACUUGUAGGUUAGAGAUAUCUUCGUUGGCACGUACCAUGUCAGUGGUGUUCUGUAUAUCUGAUUGGAGGACAACUAACUUGGCCGCUAGUAUCUUGUGGAAGUCUUGCAGCAAGAGUUUGUGAUCACUGGAUUAUGCGAGAUUUUUUUUGAUUUGGAGGAGAUAAGCUAAGAUUUUCAGGAGCUGUUUGAAAUGGCGUCUGAACGUCUCCGCCACCCCUUUGUCUUAUGUUUUAAAGAAAACUAGAGUAGACAGGAAGAAAUGAACAGAUCCUGACAGAGGGGGAGAAGAGGAAUCUAUUUGGGGAAAGGUAAGUUUGGCAUGACAGUGCCGCUUUAAGUUCGCACUGAUUUUUAAUGUGCUUGGUAUGUACAGUGGAUGAAGUUUCUUUUCUAGCCUAUUGAAAGUUAACUGCCAGCUUUUGCUCAGAAGUUGAAGCCGUCCACAAGAGCUAUAGUACUGUUGGGUUGUUCACUAAUGCAAGCUUUAGUAAACCGUUAAAGUAGUUUGCAGUUAUUCCCAAAUUAUAGUUCCAGUAGAGUGAAAAUACAAACUUCAAAUCAGACUAAAAUAAAUAUGGAUAAGUACGAUAGAAAAAAUAUUAGUAUUGAGUGUCCACAGAGUAUUCACAGCUAGUUGUUUUUUUUUGUUUGUGUUUUUUUUUUUUUUUUAUCCUAAAUAUAGAAAUUCAGAUUUAAAGGGACACUCCAGGCACCCAGACCACUUCUGCCCAUUGGAGUGGUCUGGGUGCUAACUCCCACUACUCUUAACCCUGCAAGUGUAAUUAUUGCAAUUUUUAAUAAACUGCAAUAAUUACCUUGCAGGGUUAACUCCACCUCUAGUGGCUGUCUUCUAGACAGCCACUAGAGGGCACUUCCUGAAUCAUAGCACAGGAAACCUGUGCUAGAGCGUCGCAGGACGUCCUCACGCUAUGUGAGGACCUCCAGCGUCGCUCAUUUUCCCAUAGGAAAGCAUUGAAAUGCAUUUUCAAUGCUUUCCUAUGGGGAGUGCCCACCCGCCGGCGCAAUGCAGAUGAGGAGCGGCGGCGGAGUAAGAAGCAGCCUCUGGUAAGUUACUGAAGGGGUUGUCACCCCCUCAGCAACCGGGGGAUGGGAGGGAGAGGGGACCUGCAGUGCCAGGAAAACAGUGUUUUCCUGGCACUGGAGUUUCCCUUUAAUAAAUAUACUUCAAUACCAUUAUGGGCAAGGAGUAGCACAGAAGGUGCUAUUGAAUUCUCUGUUUGACUGUUUAAGCUAUUCCCCUUUGCAGUGUUAAACUUCAUGAAACAGGAAUCGCCUAAAAGGUAUUAACUCUAUGAAAUGACGCUGGACCUGUGAGCAAUCAGGGGGUUGAAAUUCCCAUAGGAAAGCCUAAUGUAUGCGUGGUGUGUGCAUUCCCCUUCUGGACUUACGUUUGAGGAGGCAGAGACUGAGCCAGUUUGUGUGGGUCUCCUUCCCACUCUCCACCCUCCCGCCAUUCUCUCUUUUCUUAACUGCCACAAAUGAUUGGGGGGGCAUGGCGUGCACAUGGACACUAGUGUUUUGUGUUCCAAACACUAUGGUGUUAAUUUAUAACUCAUAAAAACUAAAUAUUCUGCCAUGGUGACCGUCAAAGCCAAUAGGGAGUUUAUCUAAAGCAGUGUUAGUAGGACUUGCUUGUAUGGUCAGGGGCAUUAAAAGGCCACUCUUCAACAAAGAAGGUUGUGCUUGUGGGAGAGCUGCUUAUGUACUGAGUGGUUAUACUACUUAUAACAAACAUAUGAUUACUGUGUCAAACUAAAUGUCCCAUCUACCCAUGUGUUUUAUUCAACUACUUUAAAACUGAGUAGCCCAUUCUUCUCUAGAAAUUCAGGCGAUGUAGCGGUUUUUCUUUACAUUUUCUUAGCUUUGUUCUAGUUCUCGCCUCUUCUUUUCAAUUCCCCUUCUGUUUUACAGCCUCCUAUCUAAUUCUCUAUACUGACAUUUGUCAUGCUCUGCACCCCUUAAGUUUUAAUUUCGCCAUCGUGCAUCAUCAUCCCCAAUCUACUCUCUUGCAAAGAUUUUGUUUAAUUUUUAUUUCAAUAUUGUGCCAAAACGUGUAUACGGAGGGAAACGAAGGUCCGCAGUAAAGAAAUGCAACUAGCAGACUGCCUACCAGCACACUGAAGCAUGACCACAGUACAAGUAAUGCAAAUCUUUUACAUUCGCCCCAAUUGCCACACACUUUCUUUUCUUAACUAUUCGAUUUUCUUGCUCAUUUUACUCUUUGGUAGUUGGAUUAACAUUUAAGUAUUGACUGGUGUAAAUAGUGCUGUAUGUAAAAUCAAAUCCAUUGGAAUUUCUGCUUUCAGGUCAAUCAAUGAUUGGGGCACAUUUCUGCACUUUCAGCAUUUGUGUAAUAGUGCUGUGCUUGUGCUCUCAAGCUUUCAUUUCAAGAUAGAAGUCUAGAUUCAAAAAUGCAUAGCUGGGUUUUUUUUUUUUUUUUGUCCCUCCCUCAAUGCUCUUAAACUUAAAGGGAUACUAUAGUCACCAGAAAAACUACUGCUUAAUGUAGUUUUUCUGGUGAGUAUAUUAAUUCCUUGCAGGCCUCUUCAUGUAAACACUGCCUUUUCAUAGAAAGGGCACUGCCGUUCAGUGUCUUCACGCUCUGCAUGGAGACGCCGAACUUUCUUCAUAGAGAUGCAUUUAUUCAAUGCAUCUCUUUGAGGAGCUAUUGAAAUAAGGUGUUUUUUUUUUUAAUUUUUUUUUUUUUUUCCUACCUUUUUUUUUUUUUUAAGGGGAGGCUGAGGCAAGCCUCCUAAAUGGUGGUUUUAACGCUAUAGGGUCAGGAAUAGAUGUUUGUGUUCCUAACCCUGUAGAGUUCCCUUGAAGUGUGCAUUUAUUUUUCUAAAUAUAUCUUGAGCGCAAGUUCCACCUGAUCAACACUAAAAAUAGUGGUAAAGUUUUAUGGUUUCUAAGAAUUUUUGUCCAAUAAAAUGUUUCUGCUUUAUCUCCUUUAUGCUUUGGACUCUUGUAUUUAUCAAUAGAAGAUGAGAACUUUUAAAGGAAACACUAUCCUAAGAUCUGUUUAACCCCUUGGUGACCACAUCGCUUUUCAAUUUUCUUACCUUUUGGGUCCAGGGCUUUUACAUUUCUGUGGUGUUUGUGUUUAGCUGUAAUGUUCCUCUUACUUACUAUACCUACUCAUAUCUUAUACAGUUUUUCUUGACAUAAAUGGUAUUUCUAAAGAUACCAUUACUUUCAUAUUAUCAUAUAAUUUACUAUAAAAAAUUGUAAAUUUUUUAACGCACUUUUUCUAACUUUGACCCCCAAAAUCUGUUUUGCAUCUACAACCGCCAAAAAACACCCAUGAUAAAGUUUCUAAAUCUUGUCCUGAGUUUAAAUGCCAAAUGUUAACAAGUAGCACUUUGCUAUUUACAAACCAUUUAUUUAUUUAUUUAUUCUUCACAAUUAACGCAAGUUACAUUGUAACACUGAUAUGUCAGGAAUCCUUGAAUAACCAGACAGACCCCAGCGCCGUGAUUGCCUGCGGGGGAUCGCAAGCAAUCAGGUAAGUGGCGAUUUAGUAAAUGACGUACCAGGUACGUCCGCGGUCAUUACCGACCGAUUGUUGGCGGACGAACCUGGUACAUCAUUGGUCGGAAAGGGGUUAAAAUAAAAAAAAUUCUGAAAGUGUUUAGGGGGGUUGUAUGAUUAACAGCCUGGUGAGGUGUGGAUAAGUUAUAUGGAUUUAUUUCUAAAUGGUGAGGCUGCAGGGGAAUGAUCUAUGCAUCACAACCACUUCAUUUAAUCAUUUUGAGUAUUAAUUGUAUAUGCUAAGUGCGUUCCAUAUUUAAUGAAAAUACUGUGGCCACCGUAUGAAGUCAGGAAAUUAAUCGGUUGAUGAAAUUGAUAAAUUUAAGUUGACAGCGUAUUAAUCUAUUUUUUUUUUUUUUCUCUAACAGGCAGAUGAUGACCAAGUUAUGGGAUUUCAUCAAGUAUUUCUACUAAAGAACAUAAGUGAUGCCUGGGUCUGCACAAAUGAUAUGUUCCGGCUAGCACUACAUAACUUUGGAUGA